AGUAGCUUCACUGUGAGGUUCUCAACGUUCGCGUGUAUCCGCCAUUUUCAGCUGAUUGAAAGCAGGUAGACCAAAAUACCUCACGGUGCCGGUCAAAAUACAACAGAAUUCAUGUGAGCACAGCUUGCCGUGAAGGUGCCAGAUCCCGGGGUGGACUUCCCAUGGAGCAGAGGAUGAUGACGGUGCCCAGCGGGCUGGUGGAGACCCUGGAUGGCGUCCCGCCCCACGUGUGGAAGGGGCUUCCCGAGGACAUGAGGCUGCAGAGGUCCGGGGUGCAGCCGAACCGCAUCGGUGGGUGUCUGGGCCGGCAAGCUCAUUCCCAAGGGGAAGAAAUUCGGCCCCUUUGUGGGAGAGAGGAAGAAGCGGUCCCAGGUGACCAGUAACGUGUAUAUGUGGGAGGUGUACUUCCCAGCCUGGGGCUGGAUGUGUGUGGAUGCCACAGACCCUCUGAAGGGGAACUGGCUGCGCUACGUGAACUGGGCGCGCUCCACUCAGGAGCAGAAUCUCUUCCCCAUGGAGAUCAACAGAGCCAUUUACUACAAAGUUCUCAAGCCAAUCGGACCAGGAGAAGAGCUGCUAGUGUGGUACAAUGGGGAAGACAACCCCGAGAUAGCAGCUGCACUAGAGGAAGAACGGACCAGUAGCUCCAUCAAGAAAAAUUCGCCGAGAGCAAGGAGAGCCAGAAGGAAGCUGUUGGAGAGAGCCAAGCAGGCCGGUGUGAAGCAGGCUCGUGACCGGAAGGAGCCCUGCGGAACGGGGACUGCUGCCGCUGAGACCGUUCCCACGGAGACUGUUCCCGCGGAGACCGUUCUCGCGGAGACCGGUGUCACCGUGAUGUGGGAGCCUGACGACGGUGCGAAAGGAGAGGGGACCGCGCCGUCCUCAGAUCAGCCUGCACUGGAGUCGGCUGAGUCGCGGGCACCCUCUGAGCAGGAGGACCAGCCGUCCAUGGAGGUGACCGAGGGAUCCGCCCAGUCCUACAUCCCUGUGGUGGUGGAGGGGCAGGAGGAGGAGGAGGAGGGUAAUGCGGAGGAGGAGGAGGCGGAGGAGGAAGAGGGGGAGGAGCAGGGUGAAGAAGAAAAGGAGCCUACUCUGCCACCAGAGCAGAAGGCGCUAUACUCAGUCGAGGUGGUUCCCAUGGACACUGAUGAGCCAGCAGUUGACCCAAGGCCAAGUGGCUCCGGGUGUGAGGAGGAAUUGGUAAUCGACCAAAAGUGGGAGCCAGCAUCCAAUUCCUCCCCGUCUAACCCGGAGCUCGACCCAGACCCCGAACCUGACCCUGACCCCGACCCUGACCCCGACCCGGAGGGCGAGCCCCAGGGCUUAUCCUCGUUCCCCUGCCAGCACUGCGAGCGGCAUUUCAGCACCAAGCAAGGCCUGGAGCGGCACACCCACAUCCACGUCACGGCCAACCACCACACGCACGCCUUCAAGUGCCGGUACUGCGGCAAGUCCUUCGGCUCGCAGAUCGGCCGCCGCAGGCACGAGCGGAGGCACGAGAACGGCCCGAAAAAACGUCCGGGCUCGCUCGGCGGCACGCUGAUGUCCCACAGCCCCUCCCUGCGGGCCGAGAGCUCAAGCCCCGACCUGAUCGCGCCUUCCGGAAACUUCAUCAUCAUGGGCUCGCAGAACGGCGCCGAGCCUCGAGAGCGGCCGGCGGCGGAGAAGCAGAGCUCCGCGGCCGCCAUCAAGGCUGAGCGGACGUUUGUGCUGGACGAGAACGGCGAGUCGAAAGAGCUCCACCCGUGCAAGUACUGCAAGAAGGUCUUCGGCACCCACACGAACAUGCGCAGGCACCAGCGGCGUAUUCACGAGCGCCACCUCCUGCCCAAGGGCGUCCCCAGGAAAGGCCUGCUCCUCCAGGAGACGCAGCCCGAGAAGCAGCCGCCACGCCCGGCUCGAGAGGAGUCCUCCAACUCCAGUCCCCCGCCUGUCUACGUGCCCAGUGGAGAGGCAGAGGAUGAGGGCGAUCAAGAGGAGGAGUACAUGGUGGACAUCUCCAGCAACAUCUCGGAGAACCUCAGCCUGUACAUUGACGGGAAGAUCUUGUCCACCAGCUCUGUCAGCAGCUGUGAAGUGAUCGAGGUCGACUCCAGCUCUGCCGCUUUGUUUGGUCUCGACGCUGUGAUCAUCAGCCCUGACCAGCUCAGUCAGGCCCUGAAGGUUGAAACCACAACUUGCACGGUGAAAGAAGUCCCGGGACAAUCUGCGACCAAAAGGAGGACAGCGACACCCCCUCUUCCUCCUAAAAUUAAAACGGAGUUGGAAUCUGACCCCAUCAUGCAAUCCUCGACCUCUUUGUCCUCCUCAUCCUCCUCCUCCUCUUCUUCAUCUAUGGUGGGAGCCAUCUUCUCUCAGCCCAUAGAGACAUUAGCCUUUCAGAAGGAAAAGAACGUUUAUCUCUCCCCGAAGCUAAAGCAGCUUUUGCAGACCCACGAUGGCCAAAAAUCCACUGUCGCUCUAAUCACGGACAGCCACAGGCUGGGUCCACCUCUUUCAGUGACCACGUUACCUGCAGGUCCAGGUCGGUUCAAAAGACGAACGGCUUCCCCUCCCAACUCUCCGCAGGACAGCCCCUCGCUCAAAGUUGAGGGCAUGAAGUCCGAGGCAGGGGUCUCGUUCACCCUGAAGGUACCAAAGCUGGAGAGUCAUUGUAGUUCCCCGUCCUGGAGUAUGUCCAGCAAAGAUGAGAGGGACACCAUGAGUCCACCAGGCAAUGGGGCGGACGCAUUUAAAGUUUCCGCCAUGGACUGGCCAGCUGCUAGGAGCGGUGGUAGUUCCUGCAACCAGCAGCCACUUGACCUUUCCAACGCAGUCAGUAAAAGAAGUGAAGCUGUCAGCAAGGGCCCGGGGGAGGUUGUGUUGGACUUGAGCAUGCAUAGAAAGCCCUCCGCUGAGCCCGAAGCAAAGGGCGGCCCUGCCCCACAGCCACUGAUUAAGAAGAGGAAACCCAACACCAGUAUGCUGGAGAAAGUGUUGAUGAAUGAAUAUGCUGGCUUGGACAUUACAGGUAAUGAAGGGCCUAGUGCAUCAGGAAGCCAGGGUGGCCCAUCAGCGUUGGAGCCUGCCGCAAUCACUGAUACCCAGUCCCUUAGCUCUGAAGAACAUUAUUCUGAAUCUUCUUCCUCUAGCCAACUUCACCCACCCCCUCCGUCGUUAACCCCCGUUUCCAUGCACCCCCCUUCCCCUUGCGCCCCUGCCCUUGGAUCCCCAACCCCGCCCCCUCCAGUUCUACCCACUGUUCCUUCCCCUCUGUCCGUCAUGAUAUCCUCUGAACCUCGGUCGCCGUGCUCCCCGGCUGGGUCACCACUGCCAGUCCUGUCUCCAGAAACAUCCCCCAGGCGUACUGGGAUGUGCGAGGAAGAGGGCCCGGGUUCCCCCGAGCUCGACCUGUCUCCUCAGCGCUCAACUUCCAUGCCGGUUUUGAGUUCAGAUUCCAGCUGCGUAGAAGCUGAUUCUACGCUCCCCGGCUCUUCUCUUAACCCGAACAGUUGCGUGUUGCUUCCCGAUCCCUCCGUAAGCCAUGUAGCCCUGCAGGCUUGCACUGUAAAUUCGUUGGCGGGCUCUGAAGGGCAGUCGUCUUCACCUUCCGUUGCCCUUGGCGAUUCCAGUAUUCACCCGCUAAGCAUCGCUCACAGCUCCGUUGUCAUUGAAUGCACAGUGUCCGUUGGCGCCCCUGAGAGUGACGUUUGCGCUCCAUUAACUGUCCGUGAGAGUCCUCUCGUAGUAUCUCCUGCUGGAAAUGUGGUUAUUCUCGAGCAGGCGAUAGUGUCUGUACAACAGCAGCCCCUUUCCCCUGCGCCAUCUCUUGAGCCGCCUGUCCUUGUCGCUUCGUUGCCCGAGACAGCUAUUCCUCCUUGCUCCCCUGCUAUGAUAUCAGAAAGCCCGCCCUCUCUAGUUUUGUCUCCUCCCACUGUCAGCUUGGCUGUAGUCAAAGAAGAACCCCGGCAUAAAGAGGAGUUGGACGCACCACCAGCCGACGCGGACAUGAUUGCCAGUGACGAGGAAUCGCAGCAGGACGGCUUCUCCAAGAGCUUUACGUGCAACGUCUGCGAGACGCCGUUCCGCUCCAUAAAGGCGCUGAGUCACCACAUCGCUCAGCAUGCGGUGGAGUGGCCGUUCAAGUGCGAGUUCUGCGUGCUGCUUUUCGGGGACGCUUCGGCGUUGCUGGAGCACCGCUCCGCCCUCCACGGUGUGGGCAGGAUCUAUGUCUGCUCCGCCUGUGCCAAGGAGUUUGCGUUCCUCUGCAACCUCCAGCAGCACCAGAAGGACCUGCACCCUGGCCAGGACUGCACACACGGCGAGGUGGAAAGUGGCAAAUUGAGGCUGCAGAACUACAACAACCCGAGUGUGGCGGGCACAGAGUCCUCUCCCGCGUCCGCUUCCGGUGCUCACUCGGACGGCGCGGAGUCUGCAUUCCAGCCAUCUGCUGACAUUCCAAAAGAGGAGGAGGAGGAGGAGGAGGAGGAGGAGGAGGACCUCGAUCCCUCGACAGAAGAACUGUACACUACAAUAAAGAUCAUGGCCUCUGAAGGAGGCAAGCCGAAAGGCCCGGACGUGCGCCUCGGCAUGAACCAACACUACCCCAGCUUUAAGCCUCCCCCCUUUCCCUAUCACAAUCGCACGCCCGCCGGCUCCGUGAUCUCGGCCACCAACUUCACCACCCACAACAUCCCGCAGACCUUCAGCACGGCCAUCCGCUGCACCAAGUGCGGCAACAGCUUCGACAACAUGCCCGAGUUGCACAAGCACAUUCUGGCCUGUGCCAACGCCAGUGACAAGAAGCGCUACACCCCCAAGAAGAACCCCAUUCCCCUCAAGCAGAUUGCGAAGCCGCAGAACGGGGUGCUCUCGCCGAUAGCGGCGGCGGCGGCGGCGGCGGCUAACACCGGGCAGAACGCCUUCCGUCGGAUGGGUCAACCCAAGAGGCUCAACUUCGCCCAGGAACCUACUGUCAAGAUGAAGCUGAACGCGCUCAACAACAAGAAGAAGAACCAGCUGGUGCAGAAGGCGAUUUCACUGAGGAACAAGUCCGGCGCCGGCUCUAAGAAGGACCCCGUCCUGGUCGAGGAGGAGCAGCAGGAGGUCCACGUGUGCCCACACUGCAGCCGGGAGUUCACCUACCGGGGCAGCCUCAACAAGCAUGUGGCGGUCAGCUGCCCCAUGAAGCCAGUGUCUAAGAAAGCCAGAAAAGGCAACGGGCGCACUGUGGAGAACAACGGCAGCAUUCGCAAGGGAAAGGUUGACGCUGAGGUAAAGCAACUGGGCACUAAUGGCGGGCAAAGACCCUUGGGGAAAACCCGGGCUCGCACCUCUGGGCCUGCAGCCGGUGCUGCGAAGUUGGGCCAGUCCAGCAACGGCAGGAUGGCUGCCCAGCCGCCGCGUGUGAAGAGGCCGGCCUCCUUCCCGGCAACGACGGUCCCCUUCAGCAAGAAAAGCAAAACGGUCGUCAAAGGAAAUGUCCAAGUGCAGCAGCAGCAGCAGCAGCAGCAGCAGCAACCGCAACAGCAGUCGUCUCCGGAGCUGUCGCCGGUCUCGGCGGCGCCCCCUGGUGGCUCCUUGCAGCGACAGGCGCCUAUGAGGAUGCAGCGCGGCGCCAAGGAGGCGCCGCCCAAAAAGGCACCCGAGGUGAAAGCGCCGCAGCCGCCUCACGCCCAGCCGAAGAAAGAGGAGCGCUUCCCCGCCAGGACGCGGGAGCGGGUGGGCGGCCCCGUCACGAGGAGCCUGCAGCAGGCCGGCCUGGUGGCGUCCACCGAGGCCAAGGGCGGAGAGGCCGCGGCCGGCCCGGAGCCCGCCGAGUCCCAGGAUGUCUCGUCGAAGCUGGCGGGGUAGCGAGCCGAGGGACGGAGAAGGAGUAGAGCGGCUGUGCGUCGCCGGAGCCCUGCGGACACUUGAAACCCGGAGCGGGGCGGUACGCCGAAGCCCCCGCGCGUUGAAGGCCGUCCGCAGGCUUUCCCCAACGCGGCCCUCCCGGAGCACGGAAGCGCGGGGGAGCACGCCGGGCGGAUCUCCGUGGGAACCGGCGGGCCACGACGGGGACUGGUUUCG